AAAUGUAAACAUAUGAACUUCCGGAUUUUGUUGCACAAUAUGAAAAAAAAGUUUCGAAAUGAUAGUAAACCUAGAAAAAGCAAAGUUAGGACUAACCAAUGCACCACAAGCAAGGAAAAGGGGAUACAUAAUGAUGUGACAAUCAGUGAUUUUGCGGACUCGUCUGAAGUUCAAAAACCCAGGACAACCAGAGUGAAAAAAGCAAUCUCAUCAAUGGCAACAAAUAUCAAAUAUCAGAGAAAAGACAUGGAAAUGGAUGCUGAAGAUGUUAGCUGGUUUGAUAAAGAUUUAGAUGAAUUUGACAUUGAUAAAGCAGCAGAAGACUCCUCUAAUCAAAAUGUUGAAGAAACAAGUAACCUAAACCACAGGGAGAUUGAAGCAUGUAUGAAAGGAACUGAGAUAAAACCUGCAAGGUCCUCAAGGAAACAAAUGAGGAAGCGUGAGGACAGUGGGGGGCAUGUUUACCCUGUAGAUUUGUGGUUCACAUUAGCAUCCUACAUUGAUCCAGACGCUGUUGGCAGAUUCGCAGCGCUGUGUCAAGAUUCUUACCUUGUUACAAAGACCAGGCAGUUCUGGAAAAAUCUGUAUACCAGGUUUUGUCUUAAUUCAAAUCUUCCGGAUGAACUGCAAUCAGAAUGUUUAGAGCGAGCUCAGGGACUUCGUUACCGAGUUAUCAGAGCAUUGUUUUGGUCAUAUCCAUUGUUUGUGUCAAGGACAACAACAAAUAUGCCAUUCGAAAAUGAACCUUAUCAUUUGAAAGGGAACAGAUGUUUAUUUACUUGGUGUCAACCAUAUAAAAAUGUCUGGAAUUUUAGUUUCAAGCUGAAGAAAGAGCGCCUCUCUCACAUCAACAAAUUGACAACUCUCAAGACUCUGCCAGGUAGAGUUAACCUUUAUGACGGAUACUGUGAUGUGCAUGGACACGAAGAAAUUGACUGUUACGUAUUACAAGUGACGUGCCAAAACUAUCAGAGUGUGUCGUCAGUGAUGGGGCUUGUCAUGUGUAAUGUUUAUCUUAAAGUGAGCCAGGAAAAUCGUUUCCAUUGUCUCCGUCUCCAUUUUGAUACAACAAUGAAGGAGUCAACCAAUCAGAAUAGGGAUGUCGUUGGCGACACUGUGAUUUUGUUGGAUCGUGUGCUCAAUCUGAAAGUGUUUCCUUGGUGGCAUUCAAAAUAUCCCUUUUAGAUUUAUAGCUGUCUUGGCCAUUGUAGAUCUUGUUUCUCAUAUAUCAUGUAUCAUGUUUUCUUGAUACAUAUUUAUUGAAUGGUAAUGACAUUAAAAAGUGCUUAUUAUAUUUAUUUUAUGAGCUAAAAUAUUGACACUGUGUUUGUUAAACACAGGCAUGUAUAUGGCAAUUUGGAAAUUAGGUGUUUUGUUACUAUAGGUACUCAAACAAUUUGAAGGAAUAGUUGUUGAUAUUUUGUAGUUGGAAAUAACUAGAAUUAAAGAUGAAUAAAUUAAGGGCCUCAUCAGACAGGACAUUCUCACACAAUAUUCCUGAAAGUUUGACAUUUGAAUAAGAUAUUCUUUCCACAGGAAAUAUUGGAGUUUUCCAUCUAUUGUUCUUUAUAUUAAUCUUUAUACAAGGUAACAUUCAUGUACUCAGGGGUGGAUCCAGGAAUUGUGGUUAGGGGGGGUGCAACUUUAUGAGGUAGGGGUCUGGAGGCCGCCUUGAGGCCCCCAGUGGUUCUAGGGCGAAGCCCCCGGAAGCUCCUGGAUUUUACAGAUUUUAUAGGGCUUCAAAUAUGUCUCCUAUGUAGUAAUUUUUACUAUUUUCUGUCAUAUUUGAUAGAAGGAAAUCAAUAAAAUGAUGCAAAUUUCAAGGGUUUUUGGAAAAAAAUGUAAGUUCUCCCAAUAAAACUAAUUGAAUAAA